AGGGAGCUCUUCCCUCCACAGAGAGAGGAGGACCUACAACCUCCGACUAGGGUGUGGACAUUAGUGUCCGUCAGACUGCCCUUACCAUCCCUGGAGCUUCGUCCCGGACUAAAUUACAGUUUUACCAGACGGCCUGCACCGUAACUGAAUGGUCCACUGCCCUUCACUUGUGGCAUCUAGGUACCACUGCAUCACACCCCUCUCCCAGGGCGCUCCUGGUAGGGGAAGAAGGAUUCUACCAGUACGAAGAGUGAGGGGGAGCUGCAAUGGAUGAUAUCUUCACCCAGUGCAGAGAGGGCAAUGCCGUAGCAGUCCGCCUCUGGCUGGACAACACUGAGAAUGACCUAAACCAGGGAGAUGAUCACGGGUUCAGUCCGCUGCACUGGGCAUGUCGAGAGGGCCGCUCCGGGGUGGUGGACAUGCUCAUCAUGAGGGGUGCUCGCAUCAACGUGAUGAACCGUGGAGACGAUACACCGCUCCACCUGGCGGCCAGCCACGGACACCGCGAAAUCCUGGGCAAGCUGAUUCAGUGCAAAGCAGACACCAACGCAGCUAAUGAGCAUGGCAACACCCCUCUCCACUAUGCCUGCUUCUGGGGUCACGAUCUGGUGGCCGAGGAUCUGGUCAGUAACGGUGCUCAGGUGAGCAUCUGCAACAAAUACGGAGAAACCCCUAUGGACAAAGCCAAACCACACCUGCGUGACCAUCUGAAAGAAAUGGCCGAAAAGCAGGGACAGAGUCUGACCAAAGUCCCCUUUAAGGACACCUUUUGGAAGGGCACAACGCGAACACGACCACGCAACGGCACACUUAACAAGCACGCUGGGAUAGACUACAAGCAGCUCACAUUAAUGGCCAGGAUCAAUGAGAACCACUCUGGAGAGUUAUGGAAGGGCCGUUGGCAAGGCACAGAGAUUGUGGUGAAAGUUUUCCACAUUCGGGACUGGACCACCAGAAAGAGCCGAGACUUUAAUGAGGAAUAUCCUAAGCUAAGAAUCUUCUCUCACCCUAACGUGCUGCCCAUGUUGGGGGCAUGUCAGGCACCCCCCGCUCCCCACCCCAUCAUCAUCACACACUGGAUGCCAUAUGGCUCCCUUUACAACGUGCUCCACGAGGGCACUAACUUUGUGGUGGAUCAGAUGCAAGCGGUUAAGUUUGCUCUUGAUAUUGCAUGUGGGAUGGCCUUCCUGCACACACUGGAGCCCAUGAUCCCACGGCAUUAUCUGAACAGCAAGAGUGUCAUGAUUGAUGAGGACAUGACGGCCAGGAUAAGCAUGGCAGAUGUAAAGUUCUCGUUCCAGUGUCCUGGGAGGAUGUAUUCUCCAGCAUGGAUGGCCCCUGAAGCGCUGCAGAAGAAGCCUGAGGAGAUAAACAGGCGCUCUGCGGACAUGUGGAGCUUUGCUGUGUUGCUCUGGGAGCUGGUCACCAGAGAGGUGCCGUUCGCUGACCUCUCCAACAUGGAGAUUGGCAUGAAGGUGGCACUAGAGGGUCUCCGUCCCACCAUCCCACCUGGCAUCUCUCCCCACAUCUGCAAACUCAUGAGGAUCUGCAUGAACGAGGAUCCGGCCAAGAGGCCCAAAUUCGACAUGAUCGUGCCCAUCCUGGAGAAGAUGCAAGAUAAAUGAGCGACCGUGUCUGAGAAACCACACCCCUCCCCCUGCUCAUCCAACCCCCCCUGGCAUCACCCUCCUCAAAAUACUGAGCUCACCAGUAUUGCCUUAAACUCGCCAUGCACCAAAGUGCUCUGUGCCACUGUAAUGUUUUAGCAAAGAAAAUGCAACAAUUACACUUUCUGUGCAGCAUUGGACCGUAUAAACAUUCUCCUCCUGACCUUUCUGUAAUGUGCUUUGAUAUGCAAUCAGUGGAUGAUUGUGAUUGUGUGUGUAUGUGAAUGUGUGUGUAUUUGUCUGUCUUCUCUCUGUAAAGGGGAUUAUGGAGCUAGCCCUAGUUAUUUUAAUGCCUCUCCAUAGCCAUUAUUAAUCCGUGCGUGCUGGUGAUGAUGAAAAUGUGACACAGUGAAUGUACUGUUGUAGCAUCCAAAAUUGGACAACACUUACCACUAGUUACUAGUCCCUCCAUUUCAGCUCUUCUCAUCAUCAUCAUCAUCAUCAUCAUCAUCAUCAUCAUCAUCAUCAUCAUCACACUCCUUCUACAGGGGUCUACAGGGCCAUGUUUCAUCAGUGUUGCCUGCGCAUGCAUAGAUUUUAACCUAUCCUUAAGCCACAAAGGGACUUUUUCAAUGAAUAUAAAGGUAUAGUCACUGAUCAAAUCUAUCACAACAGCCUUACUUCUUACUUUCAGCAGCUGUCCAGAAUCUGAAUGCUUGUGUAUGUAUAGGAAAAAUCGCUUCUUGUGCCAGAAUGAAGUAUUUUUAACUUAAGUUUUAACUUAACUUUCACAUAUUCUAUAAAUGAAAGAUUGGCAGAAUGCAAUAGCCUUAUCACGCUGCGAGUUCCCACUGUAAAGUGCCCACUGUAUCAUUGUAGCAUUCGUUACUGUACGCCUUCACUUAUUUUAAUGGUGGGAUUUCCUGGCAUUUCAAGUAUUCGCCCCAGGCAGGGAGGAAAUAACCUUUUUCCUGUUGCAGCAAAAAAAAGAAAAAAACUAAAUAACAAAACUCAGCACUCUGCAUCUCCGCUAAACAUGCAUGAUAUGCCCUGCUGUUACACCACCAUGCUCCUGCCACCUUAUUCACACAGUCCAUGUUACGUGCUAAAUUAAAUUUCUUCUAUUUUGUACUGUACACAUAUAUUGUAUGUUUUUAGCAUGGAAGAAAAGACUGGAGAACCCAUGCAAUUAUAUAUUUCUGCCAACACUACAUCUAUGAACUAUCUGCUACUUUUUCUGCUUUUACUUUCGUCCACUACCAGCUUGUUGGUAUUCUUGUAAGAGCCAGAGAGAAGAAAAGAUAAUAAACGCCCCCCCCCCAGUUGUUUUGAAUACAUAUAUUAGAAGAAUAAGUUUUUCUUUUUUUCUCUCUAGCUCAAAAUUGAACAGCUGUUGGAGAGACUGGAGAGUUAAAAUAGACUUUUGUCUUGUAACACAAGCUCACUUGUUCUCUUCCCCCCUCUCUGAUAUCUUAAUUUUAACUUUGUGUGGCCUUUUGUUUAUCUUAUUUUGGAGAUUUGGGCUGUUUAUAUUUUAUUCAUGUUAACAGACGUUUACUAAAGGAAGAACAAAUAAAGUGUUUUGGCCUUGCUUA